GCGGCCGCGGCAGCCUCCGCGGUGGGCUGCGUCCCCGAGAGUCACACGACCCGAUAGCAGAAGUGAUCUUUUGGAAAGUCGUGGUGUAAGGAGCGGGUGUAGAAGAAUGGUGAAGGGCGGGCCUUCCUGAGAAACGAAAGUGAAAUUGAACCGGAGCCGUUUCUCAGCCCGGCAAGGAGGUGUUUCCUGUCCGAACUCCACGGAGCAGAAUCCUGGCCCUUGGAGCCCACGGCCCACGCGGGGCAGGACGGGGCGUGUCGCACCUGGGGAGGGUCGCGCUGCGGUGCCCGGAGGGUCGCACUGCCCGGACAUGCCGCCGGGGCGCCAUGGACCCGAGACAGGGGUGUUCCCUCAGCAGACACCACCUCCAUCCAUUUCAAGGCUAUGAGCACAGCAAGUUCAGACACCAGCAGUCAGAGCCGGGAUCUUAUCCUAAUAGUUUCCAGCUGCAGCAAAUAGAGUUUCUCAAGGGGCAGCUCCCAGAGGCGCCCCUAAUUGGAAAGCAGACACCGUCACUGCCACCGUUCUUCCCUGGAUUCUGGCCAAGGUUUCCGGGACUACCUGCCAGAGGCAGGCAACAGGAGAUCUGGGGUGUCCCCAGGGGCGUGCCUCUGAGAAGUCAGGCACCCCAGAGGGGGUUCCCGCCUCCUUCCCCACGUGGCAAGGUUCUGCCAUGGAGAGGUGUUGACAGGCUCUCCAUCCAUUUCCAGGAACUAAAUAUCAGCCAGGACCUGGAACAGAGGGUCUUAGAACUCUUGCGGGAGCUUGGCAAAGGGAAGGCCACCACAGCACAUGAUCUGGCCAGGAAGCUCCAAGCCCCAAAGAAGGAAGUCAACCGCAUCUUGUACUCUCUUAUAGCAAAGGAGGGUCAGGUGCACCGGGAGGCAGGCACGCCCCCGCUGUGGAGACUCACGGUCCCCGCUCAGGCUGGGAACCAGCACAGCCGAGGAGCGAGAACAGACAGCCCGGGCCCCGGAGCGCCAGCCUCAGACCCCCGUGUGGAAGUGGAAGACCCGGCUGAGCCUUUUGACAUGGCUGAGCUCAAGGAGAAAAUCUGCGAGUACCUGUUUCACGUGUUCAACUCCUCCGCCCUGAAUGUAGCGAAAAACAUUGGUCUGACGCGGGCCCGGGACGUCAAUUCCGUGCUGAUUGACUUGGAACGGCAGGGGGAUGUCUACAGGCAAGGCACAACCCCUCCCAUGUGGUAUUUGACUGACAAGAAGCGAGAACGGAUCCAGAUCAAGAGAAGCACGAACAGUGUUCCCGAAACCCCUCGCGCCGCUACCCCCGAGACCAAAAGAAACGUCGAGGUCUUCACCUGUAGCUUACCCAUGCCAGAUGCCUCCGACAGCGUGAUGACUCCACAAAAAGUGGAGAAUGGUCAGGACCCAGCCAUAAAGACGGAGUGUCAGCAAGAGGUCAAGCCAGAGCCAGUAAAACUGAACCCCCCUGCUCAGGACAAUGGCCCCUCAAAAGCAGGGUAUGUUGACUUUGAAAACGGCCAGUGGGCCACGGAUGACAUCCCCGAUGACCUGAACAGUAUCCACGCGGCUCCAGGUGAGUUCCGAGCCAUCAUGGAGAUGCCCUCCUACUACAGCCAUGGCUUGCCGCGGUGUUCGCCCUACAAGAAGCUGACCGAGUGCCAGCUGAAGAACCCCAUCAGCGGGCUGUUAGAAUACGCCCAGUUCGCUAGUCAGACCUGUGAGUUCAACCUGAUAGAGCAGAGUGGACCGCCCCAUGAGCCUCGAUUUAAAUUCCAAGUUGUCAUCAGUGGCCGAGAGUUUCCCCCAGCUGAAGCUGGCAGCAAGAAAGUGGCCAAGCAGGACGCAGCUAUGAAAGCCAUGACAAUUCUGCUUGAGGAGGCUAAAGCCAAGGACAGUGGAAGACCAGAAGAGCCAUACUACUGUUCCCUAGAGAAGGGAUCGGAGAAGACUGCAGAGUCCCAGCUCACCACCCCUUCCGCAACUUCCUUCUUUUCUGGGAAGAACCCCGUCACUACCUUGCUUGAGUGUGUGCAGAAGUUGGGGAGCUCCUGUGAAUUCCGCCUCCUAUCCAGAGAAGGCCCUGCCCAUGACCCCAAGUUCCAGUACUGUGUUGCCAUGGGAGCCCACACUUUCCCCACCGCCAGUGCCCCCAGCAAGAAAGUGGCAAAGCAGAUGGCCGCGGAGGAAGCCAUGAAGGCCCUGCACGGGGAGGCCACCAACCCCACACCUUCUGACAACCAGCCCGGAAGUGCCAACACGGAAUCGUUAGAGAACCUGGAAUCGGUGAUGCCCACCAAGGUGCGGAGGAUCGGCGAGCUGGUCAGAUACCUGAAUACCAACCCCGUGGGCGGCCUGUUGGAGUACGCCCGCUCCCACGGCUUCGCUGCCGAGUUCAAGCUGGUUGACCAGUCUGGACCUCCCCACGAGCCCAAGUUCGUUUACCAAGCAAAAGUCGGGGGUCGCUGGUUCCCAGCCGUCUGCGCGCACAGCAAGAAGCAAGGCAAGCAGGAGGCAGCGGACGCCGCCCUCCGCGUCCUGAUUGGGGAGGACGAGAAGGCCGAGCGCAUGGGUUUCACAGAGCUCCCUCUCACGGGCAGCACCUUCCACGACCAGAUAGCCAUGCUCAGUCACCGGUGCUUCAACACUCUCACCAACAGUUUCCAGCCCUCCUUGCUGGGCCGCAAGAUCUUGGCCGCCAUCAUCAUGAAGAAAGACUCUGAAGACCUCGGGGUCGUGGUCAGCUUGGGGACAGGGAACCGCUGUGUCAAAGGGGACUCUCUCAGCCUGAAGGGCGAGACCGUCAACGACUGCCAUGCAGAGAUCGUCUCCCGCAGGGGCUUCAUCAGGUUCCUCUACAGCGAGUUGAUGAAGUACAACCCCCAGACUGCGAAGGACAGUAUAUUCGAGCCCGCUAAGGGAGGAGAGAAGCUCCAGAUAAAGAAAAGCGUGUCAUUCCAUCUCUAUAUCAGCACGGCCCCGUGUGGGGACGGCGCCCUGUUUGACAAGUCCUGCAGCGACCGGGCUGUGGAGAGCACAGACUCCCGUCACUAUCCUGUCUUUGAGAACCCCAAACAAGGCAAGCUCCGCACCAAGGUGGAGAACGGGGAAGGUACCAUCCCAGUAGAGUCCAGUGACAUCGUGCCAACGUGGGAUGGCAUUCGGCUCGGAGAGAGACUCCGUACCAUGUCCUGUAGUGACAAAAUCCUGCGCUGGAAUGUGCUCGGCCUGCAAGGGGCCCUGUUGACCCACUUCCUUCAGCCCGUGUACCUCAAAUCCGUCACCCUGGGUUACCUUUUCAGCCAAGGGCAUCUGACCCGUGCCAUUUGCUGUCGUGUGACAAGAGAUGGGAGUACGUUUGAGGAUGGCCUACGACACCCCUUCAUUGUCAACCACCCCAAGGUUGGCCGAGUCAGCGUGUACGAUUCCAAAAGGCAGUCCGGGAAGACGAAGGAGACGAGCGUCAACUGGUGCCUGGCUGACGGCUAUGACCUGGAGAUCCUGGAUGGGACCAGGGGGACCGUGGACGGGCCGCGGAAUGAGCUGUCCCGGGUCUCCAAAAAGAACAUUUUCCUCCAGUUUAAGAAGCUCUGUUCCUUCCGGGGCCGCAGGGACCUGCUCAAACUCUCCUACGGCGAGGCCAAGAGAGCUGCCGGCGACUACGAGACGGCCAAGAACUACUUCAAGAAAAGCCUGAAGGACAUGGGCUAUGGGAACUGGAUAAGCAAACCCCAGGAGGAGAAGAAUUUUUACCUCUGCCCAGUAUAGUGUGAGCCAGCGACUGCUGGGUCUGGGUGCCCCACGCCGGGGCCAUAGCAGCCCUCAUCACAUCGGCCAGGGGCCUCCUGCCUUCUCGUGUCCCCUCCUUCUCCUCCCUUUCCUCGCUUCUCUCCAGUGGAACCACAGUCGGUGAUCUGAGACCUUGGGGUUGUCCUCCUUUUGUUGGGAAGGCCAGACCGGGUCUCGCCAGGCCCCCUUCUUUCUCAAGCAGAGGUCGAGACCGAAGGGAAAAGGAAAGGGGCGCGUUCUCCUUUCCACCCAAAGCAGCUGCAGUCACUGAGCACCUGCAGCCCGCCGCGCCUUCACUGCGUUUUGGUUUUCCCAUUUCCUUUCCCUCUGUUUGCUGCACUUGACCUCCUGUGGUCUUGAUUAGGCUCUGUCGACCACUCAAUCAUGUCAGGGACUGAUGAUUUCAUUUGUGGGUUCUGCAGGCCCCUCUGUUUACCCUCCGCCCCCUCUGAGGUUCCUUCCUUGUGAUCCGGUUUCUCCUUUCCCUCCAAGAGGGUAGAGAGGUAAACUUAAAGGUUUGCUGUAACACGUAUAAGGGCAGGCGUUUGGAGCUGCAGUCAGCUAAAGCCCAAUGCCAAGUGUAAUCGGAAUCCACAGCUAAUGCUCAGCGAUCUUCAGAUCUUGCACUUUAGCCAGCUUGGGGUUUGGGGGGGGCGGGGGAGCAGAGGCAGGGAAAGCUGCCAUUCAGCAGAGCGUCCCUUCCCCAGGUGGCAGCGGAGACGAGGACUAGCCGGCCCGCUAAGGGAACUGCCCAAGCAGCAGCUGAGGUGUCCCCUGCAGGAUGACCGAGACCGCUUCCCGGGGAGCGCAGACAUGCCUUGGACUAUUGCCAGGCUCCCAGCCGCCCCUCCUAAAGCAUUCCUAGGAGUUUGUCCUAUCAGUGGGGGGGAUUAGGGCCGGAACCCCAGCCACCUGGUAGGGAUAAGCCCAGGAGAAAUCCUAGACGGACAUCAUCUCCACUUAGCUAAUUAGGACUUAGCAAGAGUGAGGGCAAGAAAGUCCCAUGGGGUCAGGUCCCUGCUCAGCCGGCAUUGUUCUCAUGGCAGUGACACCAAGGGGCGUUGACCAGGUAUAUUGGGAGUAUUUAAAAGAAUGCCAUGAACAUUGUUGAUUCUUAACUCCUGCAGAUAACCUGCAAUUGCACAGAUUUAAAAUUCAGACAUAACUUCCCAUUUAUCCAAGUGUUUUUUUGGCGGGGUGGGUGGGUGUGGGUGUGGGUGUGGGUGUGUGUGUUGCCAGAUAGCUUCUGAAGGUCAUUUGUGGGCAAAUCACAGACCUGCGUUCUCCCUACCUGUCAGGGAACCUAUAGGGUUGACACAUGACAGCCGUUACAGGGGAAAGGCCAGGUUGUCCUCAGACUCUGGGAGGCGGAGCCUUGGGUCUCCACCUCAAGCUGACACUGACCCUUGGUCUCCACCUCAAGCGGAUGUUGACUGGUCAGGUCCAUCACCCUCGCUGGAAUCGGGCUCUGGGCCAGAGUCAGCCAGACAUGCCUGAGAAGCAGUCUGCCACCUUGAGACCCAAGCCGGCCUCUCUUGUCUAGAGGGUUCCUCCGUCUGAACGUGCCAGGGCCCAUCCUCCCGCACCCCUGCGAACUUCCGUCUAGGUAACGCCCCACCCCCCUGCAGUAGAUACACCCACACUCACACUUGUGUUCUUGUGGCUACUGUUUCAAAAGUUUACCAAAUGAGAGAACCCAAAUGUGAUCAAAAGUUUACCAAAUGAGAGAACCCAAAUGCGACUCGGCUGCUGCGUUAACCAGGAGCACCAGCUCGCCCCAGGGUCUCAGGCAGCCAUGCAGCGUGCGGUUUCUGCUGUAGGAGAGAGAGGCCCCUGAACCCCCGUGUCUGCUGAAGAGGAGCCUGUGUCACAAGGCAGGAGGCGCAGCCCCCACCCAGCGUGUCUUCUUCACUUUCUUGUCCAAUCUUUGUUUUUAAUAAGCAGAACCCCCUCCCCCACCUUUUUUUUUUUUUAAAGAUCUUUGUAGUUGAUUUGUCUGAACUGUGGCUAUUGUGCAUUCUUUGAAUAAUCACUUGUAAAAAUGGUCGCUGCUUGACGCUGUUUCCUUCACGAAGGGACUUUGUUGGUUUUUGGGGUCUUAGCAGUGACUCCCAAGAGCAGAAUGGGAAGAAGCCCAGGCUCGAUGGACUCGGGAGCCGUGACGGCUGCAGUUUUUGGAUUCCGCUUUUGUGUCCCUUCAAAACAGUGACUAACAUACAUUCCUCAAUAAAAAAGAAGAAAUCAGAA